AUGGCCUGCGACGACGGUACCCAGGUGGCGCAGCUGCUGAGCGAGGGCAAGUACAACCUGCCGAUGUUUCUCCGCUACCUCAAGGCCUCCUCGAUGGAGGGCGACCAGCCGGACAAGUCUCUCCUGCUCGGCAUCUUGCUGCAGUCCUUGGCCCGCUUCCAGACAAGCGACUUCACAGCAUGCAUGUGCCUCGUGCCCAGCCACGUCCAGGACUCUCCCAGCGUAGAGAAGGAGCUGAACUACAUCUACGGACUUGAGAACCUGCUCAGCUGCGGCCUCUUCGCGCGCUUCUGGACGCAGUGGAGCUCUGUCAAGGAGCAUCUGCCGGAGUCCUUCCACUUCGAGGCCCGUGUGCGCACCAGCAUCUUAGAGACCAUCUGCAUCACGAUGGAGUCCAUCCCGACGGAGAAACUGGCCACGUACCUUGCUGUCUCGCCGGACCAGGUGCAGAAGGUUGUGCAUAACGCGAUGAAGGACUCCGAGGACCGUGACAUGAAAGUAAUGGCGUAUGACAGCGGUAGUGUGGUGUUUCACCGCAAUCGUUUCAACUACCCACAAGCUGGUGCGGCGCAGGAUGCCAUCCGCUUCUCUGACGUGUCAUCUGUCAUCCACAACGAUGUGCCGCGCCGCGGCGCGGCGGCUGCGGCGGACGAGGCGCGGGACAUGCGUGCGCGAACGUGGGCUCGCAUGGCGGAUGAAUAA